AUGAAUAAUAAGAAAAGAAAUAAAUAUGAAAAAAAUGAAUUAAUGCCAUUACCGUUAGAAAAAUCUGAGUUACUUAUUGAAAAUAUACAUAAUUUAAAAAAUUGUUUAAAUCUAUAUAGAAAAGAGAUUCAAGAAAAAAAUAAGUAUAUUAACGAUCUAAAAAGCAACUUGAAUUUUUAUGAUUGUGUUUUAAGGAAUAUUAAUAUUGUAUGGAGAAUAUUUAAUGAUGAUUUAUUAAAUUUAAUAGAUAAAAGCAAGGAAGAUAAUAAUAACGUUUCGAUUGAAUCUCCUUAUUAUAAUAUUGAAGAAUUUCUCACUAUAUUUCUAAAGUAUGUAAGUGAAAAUGACUUAGAUAAUGAAAAUGAAGAGUUUUUAAUUAAAACAUUUUCUAAUUAUGAUGAUAAUAGUAAUUCGAUACAUAUUAAAACAAACAAAAUAAAACUAGACGAUUUAUCAAAUGACAAUUCUAUUAAAAAUGAAAAAGGUGAAAAUUUAGAAAAUCUUGCUGAUUUAUUAAAAAAUAAUAAGAAAGAUAUACAUAAUGAACAUGUAAGAGAUAUGUUAGUAAAAGAAUCUAACAAUGAGGAUAGUAAGGAUAAUAUAGUAAAAAUGGUUAAUAAAGAGGAAAAUAAGAAAAAUACAAAUGAAAUAUGCAGUGAAGAAGAAAAAGAAAAAUUAGAAAAAACUAUUAAUGAUGAUGAACUUGGAUAUAUAAAAAAGGAAAUUGUGAAUAAUAAAGAUUUUAGUAAAACCAAUCAAGCAGAAAUAGAUGAAAACAUAAUAAAUAGUAACAAAAGAAAUUCAUUAAAUGAUGUAAAUGUAGCAAAAAGAAUCUGUUUAAAUUCUAGAGAUAAUUUAUUUUUUGAAAACAAUGAAUCUCAAUCAUUUUGCUUACAUAAUGAUUUAACAGAUAAUAAAAGAAAAGAAAAAGAUAAAGUUGUAAAUACAAAAAAAAAAAAAGAAAAAAAUGAAAAUAUGAAUGAUGUUUGUAAAGAUAAUUUUGAAGAAAAAUUGCAAAACUUUUUUUUAGAAAACUUAAGAAAUACCCUAAGUUUUAUAAAUAAAAUUAUAGAUUUGAAAAAUAUUAAUUUAAACUACAAUUUAGAAUAUAUUAGAAAAAUAAAAUAUGAAAAAAGUUUUUAUAUGGAAAAAUAUGCGGAUGAAAAAAAAAAAAACAAUGAAUUACAAAAUAAUUGUGAAAGUUUAAAAAUUGAAAUUGAUAGAUUAGAAAAAAAAAGUUCAUCUUUAAUCUUUAAGUUAUACAAAGAAGAUAUAUGUAAGAAUAUACUUGAAGAAAAAAUAGACAAAAAUGAAGAUAUUAUGAAUUAUUCAAAAGUAGAAAAUAAAGAAAGUAAUAAAAUGACUUCUGAUAAUUGUUACGACUUAAAUACAUGUGAUAAAGAUGCACAUCUUGUAAAAAAUGAUAAUUUUGUUAAUGAUAAUAAUAAUAAUAAUAAUAACAGUAAUGAUAAUAGUUAUGAAAAUAAUAAUAAUGGAAAUAAUAAUAAUGUUGAAUCAAAGCUAUUUUUAAAUUUAGAAAAAAUAAUAACAAAAGAAAAAAUUAUACAAAGUGAACCAUUUAAAAAUUUAAUAAAUGAGUCAACUGAGAUUUAUAAUAAACUAAAAGAGAAAGAAAAUGAAAUAAUUAUUUUAAAAAAAGAAAUUAUAAAAAUGGAGAACUUGAGAGAUGAAGAAUUUGAAAAUUUAUUAAAUGAAACAAUAAGAGAUAAAAAAAGUUUAACAAAUAAAAUAAAAGAAUUAGAAGUUGAUUUAGCUACAUAUAAAUUAGAUAAAGAAAAAAUAGAAAGUAAAAUAAAAGUAAUGGAAUAUGAGAUUGGUGUAUUAAAAAAUAUUGAAAAAAAACAAACUAUGCAAUUGCAACAAAAAGAGAGUGAAAUUUUAAAAAUGAAAUUACAAUUAGAUAAAUUUAAAAUAUCAGAGAAUAAUUUAAGAGAUAAAGUUGCAUUUCUAGAAAAAGAGAAAGAUGAUUUAUUGAAUUCUACAAAAUCAUUAGAAGAAAAUCUUGAAACAACAAAAAAAAGUAUCCUUAAUAAUAGUGACUAUAAUAUAAUUAUAAAUGAAGAUGAUUAUAAUAAAAACAUAGAUUUGUAUGAAAAAAAAGACAUGCAUAGAUAUGAAGAAAAACAAGGAAAUGAGAAUAUGAAAAAAGAAGAGAAAUCCAUUUUGAAAAACCAUAUAGAUAACAAAAAUAAAAAUGAAAAUAAUAUUGAAUUACAAAAAAACAUGAAAAAUGUUGACGAUUAUAUAUUGAAGUAUGAUGAAUUGCUAUUAGAAAACAAUAAUUUGAAAAAAAAAUUGGAAAAAAAAAAACAUGUGGAAGAAGAAUUAAUAAACUUAAAAAAAAAUUAUGAUGCAAUAAGUGAAGAGAUAGAAGAAAUUACAAAAGAAUUUGAAAAAAAACAAGAGCAAGUAGAUGAAAUGAUUACACAAAUAAAAAAUAAAGAGUUAGAAUCUUUAGAAAAAUAUAAUAAUAAAGUAAAUAAGGCAUAUGUAGAAGAAAAAUUAAAACAAUUAGAAAGUAGUUAUCAGGAUAAAAUGUCCUGUAUAAAUAGUAUUUAUGAAAAAUAUGAAAAAUUUGUAAACCUAUAUUUAACUUUAUUUUUUCAUGCAAGAAAAAAUGCAGUUAUUUCAGAUAGUGCAAGAGAAGAACAAAUGAGUAUAUUUAUAAAAUUAAAACAAAAAUAUGAGUAUAUUUUUCAAAAAAAAAAUGAAAUAUCAAAUAUAUUAAAAAAUGUAUACGAUUGUAAUAGAAAGUUAAUUGAACAAUGUAAAACAUUGCAUAAAGAAAAUGAAAAUCUUCAAAAUACUCUUUCCAAUCAGAUAAAUAUUUCUAAAGAUAUUUCGAAAAAAGAUAAUCAUUUAUUAGUAGAAGAAAAUAAUGAAUUACGUAGGAGAUUAAUAUGUAGUGUUUGUAUGGAAAACUUUAGAAAUUAUAUUAUAAUAAAAUGUGGACAUAUAUACUGUGAAAAUUGUAUAUUUAAUAAUAUAAAAACAAGAAAUAGAAAAUGUCCACAAUGUAAAAUUCCUUUUGACAAAAAAGAUUUGCAAAAAAUAUUUUUAGAUUAA